AUGAGUCAGGCGUGGUUGGCGCUGGUGGCGCUGGUGGGGGCGGUGACCACGGUGCGGGGGCAGCGCUGCGUGCCGCUGUCGCAGCCCUACCUGCGCUGGUGGCGUUGCCAGUGCGCCACGCAAGACGGCAGCGCCAUCUUCACGACCACGCACGCGCUCAACGAUCUGCGCGCCUGGUCCACCAAGGUGGAGGUUGCCCCUGGCGUGUGCAGCAUCAGGGAGGCCCUGAUGCUGUGGGACACUGUGAAUGGUCGCUACCGCUCACCGCCGUUCUACGCACCGCUUCCCCGACGCCCUGCGGCGAGUACAGCCGUGGAGUCGCACGCGCUGCGCCUGGGCUACGCGCGCUUCGGCGCCAGCCUGUACAAGCUGCACUCGGAGGCUCUGGACUGGGAGGGGGCGCGCAGGGCGUGCGCCAGUGAGGGCGCCCACCUGGCCGUCGUCCACUCCAGCUACGAGGCCUCCGUUCUCCAGCGUCUGUUCGGGGCGCGCCUGCUCUACAAGGACUCGCCGCGCGCCGACUUCGCCUUCAUCGGAUUCCAUGACCAGUUUAACGAGGGCCAGUACCUCACAAUUUACGGUGAACCUCUGUACACGCUGGAUUACUCUCGCUGGUGGUCGAAGGGUCCGGACAACGUGGGCCAGAAUUUCAUGGGAAAUCCAGGAGAAGACUGUGGGGCCAUUCACAGGGACGGCGGACUCAAUGAUCUCCCGUGUGGCCAGAAAAAUGCAUUCUUCUGCGAAGUGGAAACCAGGUAG